CUACUUACCACACAGCCACUCCUGUAAAUUAAACAACAUCAAUUGUCAUCCAGCCGUAGAAACCCUGCCAAAGCAGACAGUCAUGCUUGGUGCAGUCCUGUGUCUUACCAGCUUUUACAUGAUUACCGUAACUUCGAAGGGUUUAUUAUAUAAUUCUAUUAUUUACUGCCAGAAGCGUUAGCAAGCCGGACAAAACGCCUAACAUCAAUUCGUCCGUCUUUACUCUGGAAGUUCAAACUCCACCGAGGUCCACUUCACCUUUCGAGAAUAUCACAUCAUGUUGACGUAAAGGAAAUUUCUUCAUUCAGAUGUACCUUUGAUAUUUUCUACUGACUUUCAUCAAUUAACCCUUUAGCAUUUAAACCGGCCAUAUCUGGCCAAAGGUAUUCUGCCUAUUCUAUGUUCAAACUGGCCAGAUCUGGUCUCUCACACCAACCCUACAAUAUGGUUUUUAAACUGAACAACUACCUCAUCAAAAUCUCAUAGCUAUGAGAUAAUGCUUGAUUAGUUCAAAACAAUGUGGAUAAAAAAGCAUUAAUUAUGGCAGAAUAAUGUGAACACUAAAGGGUUAAAGGAAGACCAUAUAUUUAUAAGGCACAUUCAUCAAAGCAUUGACCUCUUUCUGUAAUUAAAAUCAACGACAAACGAUAAGAACAUAUUUCUUUUGUACGAUGGAAUUAACAGCAACAUUUACUUGUCUUCACUGGAAUGUAGAGGAAGUGAUUGCUUGGUUAAUUAAGCUUGGAUAAGUUUACAAAAGUUUUAACAGUUUAAAUCUGCCGUUUUAGAUAUUAAGCAACAACACGGAUAAAAGAAACAUAGUGUUAAAUUAUUCUCUGAAAAUACUGACACAAGUGAACACAGAUAUAUUCAUAGAAAUGAAAACUUGUUUGUCAUUGUGAUAUGUAUGAGAAAUUAUUAUCUCCUAAUGAAUAAUUUAAGAAAUCCAAACAACCCUGAUACAAGACAGAAGCCAUAUCAUUGUGAUAUCUGUGGUAAAUCAUUCACUGAAGAAAGAGUCUUAACCAAACACAAAGGCAUUCAUACAGGAGAGAAACCACAUCACUGUAAUGUCUGUGGUAAAUCAUUCUCUCAAAGUGGUGCCUUGACCAGUCACAUACGUACACAUACAGGAGAGAAGCCACAUCACUGUGAUGUCUGUGGUAAAUCAUUCUCUCGAAGAGGUGAGUUGUUUAGGCACAAACGUACACAUACAGGAGAAAAACCAUAUCAUUGUGACAUAUGUGGUAAAUCAUUUUCUGAACAUGGUCACGUGACUAGGCACAAACGAAUUCAUACCGGAGAAAAACCAUAUCAAUGUGAUAUCUGUGGUGAAUCAUUUUCUCAUAAUAGCUCUUUAACUAGUCACAAACAUAUUCAUACAGGAGAGAAGCCAUAUCGUUGUAAUAUAUGUGGUAAAUCUUUCUCUAUAAAUAGUAACCUGACUAAACACAAACAUACACAUACAGGAGAGAAAGCAUAUCGUUGUAAUAUCUGUGGCAAACCAUUCUCUACAAAUAGUAACUUGACUAGUCAUAAGCGUAUUCAUACUGGGGAAAAACCGUAUCAGUGUGAUAUCUGUGGUAAAUCAUUUUCUCAAAGUGGCACCUUGGCUAAACACAAACUUACACAUACGGGAGAGAAGCCAUAUCAUUGUAAUAUCUGUGAUGAAUCUUACUCCCGGAGUGAUGCCUUGGCUAAACACAAACUUACACAUACAGGAGAAAAGCCAUAUCAUUGUGAUAUCUGUGAUAAAUCUUUGUCUUCUAGUUACUUGAUUAGUCACAAACGUAUUCAUACUGGAGAAAAACCAUAUCAAUGUGAUAUCUGUGGUAAAUCAUUUUCUCAUAUUAGCUCCGUAAGUCGUCACGAACGUAUUCAUACAGGAGAGAAGCCAUAUCAUUGUAGUAUCUGUGGUAAAUGUUUCACUCAAAGUGGAGAGUUGAUAAAACACAAACUUACACAUACAGGAGAGAAAGCAUUUCAUUGUGAUACUUGUGGUAAAUCAUUCUCUACAAAUAGUCAAUUGACUAAUCACAAACUCAUUCAUACUGGGGAAAAACUAUAUCACUGUGGUAUCUGUGGUAAAUCAUUCUCCAGAAAUAGUCACUUGACUAGGCACAAACGUAUUCAUACAGGAGAGAAGCCAUAUCAUUGUGACAUCUGUGGUAAAUCAUUCUCCAGAAAUAGUCAUUUGACUAAGCACAAGCAUAUUCAUACUGGGGAAAAACCAUAACACUGUGGUAAAUCAUUUUCUAAAAAAAUUAAUUGACUAGGCACAAACGUAUUCAUACUGGGGAAAAACUAUAUCAGUGUGAUAUCUGUGGUAAAUCAUUUUCUCAUAACAACACUUUAACUAUUCACAAACGUAUUCAUACAGGACAGAAGCCAUAUCAUUGUAAUAUCUGUAGUGAGUCAUUCUUCCAAAAAAGUCCUGUACACAUGUAAGUAUUCACACACAACUGUAACAGUAACAAUAUAAAAAUUUAUUACCACAGGACAACAAUUAUGAAUAUUUUGUCUGCUAAAAGACAGGGUUUAUUCUUCUUCAAGCUUGACAUUAUCAACUUCAGUUUGAUCAAUGUUAAUAUUAAAUCCAUGAAUAUCAGCUCCAGUAUUAUGUAAAUAUCAAAAUAUACCAAUACAGUGAUGACUUUGAUUUCUAAACAUGAUUGUGUUGAAUUUUUGAGGAAUUUGUUCUGAGAGAUUAAAGGAAUGGGAAUAAUGAAUAAAAGUUUUAAGUGACAUUCCUUUUGUCUUUGUUGUGUUUUCGUCAUCAUCAUCCUUUAGCGUCCAUCUACUAUGCAGGCUUGGGUGGGAAAGUGUGACAUGAGCUGGCAAGCCAGAGUGCUGCUCCACGUUCCAGUCAGAUUCGGCUGUAAGCCCUUAAGAUACAUGGCACAUUUUAUAAAUAUGUCUGUUCAAGUAUCGUAACAGUAUGAAACAGGUAGUAGCUCUUCCGGU